GUCACUUAUGGAUGACCGCGCCAACGAUGCACCUUUGAAAGGAGAUUCCUUUAAUUGUGACGAAUCUGAUGCAGCUAUAGAAGCUUGGUGGGUGUGUUUCCUAAAACAAAAACGUGCUGAGGACGCUCUUGACGCUGAAUUGCGAUCAACCUGGGAAAACGGCAGUCAGCGACGAUUGAAGUUCGCCAGAGAGGUGAGGCAAAUCACUGAGCUAUACCAGCCGGUGGAAAAACUCAUCUCAAGCGUCCUUGGAUCGGACAAGGUGCAUCGCGGUGACACCCUCUAUAGGGAAUGGGGAAAAAUGCGUCGCAAAGAGUGCCUACUGGCGUACUAUGACAAUGAUAAUUUCCGAGCUGCUUAUGCUCAACAACGAUUUCUCAAUAGCGCGACGAGCUUUUUGCAGGCCUUGGUCUACCGCAUCAUUCCAGAAAAUCCAAGCGUAGAGACUUACUUAAGUGAAUACGUGUCCCGGGUGAUUAGCAUCGGUGUUGGUCCUGGACCAGAUGUAGCUGCCUACGUUGCUUACGCUCGUGCACACGGUUUCAGACAACGCUUGGUCUACUAUUGCAUUGAUCAGUGCGCCGGCUGGAAUACUUACCUCUCUGCUUUUGAUCGCCGUUGGUCUACGGAACAUCGUCUCUCCGUUUGGUUCAAAAAUUUUCGUUUUGGCAAACUUGAGGAUGUCGAAAGUUUGCCUGACGCAGAUAUGCUUGUUUUCAGUUUUGCUAACACUUCGUUGAUGUCAAGCACUAUAUGGGCUCCGCUGAGCAAACGGUAUCGUCUGAUCGUGGUGCUCGAUGGCAUCAAAGAGGUACUUGUCGAUAGUUUUCUUGAUGCGGGCUUUCGAGAUUUCACGCUCACCGAAAAAACUAGUGUUUAUUAUCACUUCGCUGGCUUACCCAACUCUUGUGCUUCAUCACCUGACGCCAACGAACGCCGAGCGCUAGCAGCUGUGGAUUGAUUUCCUACAUUACUCUGCCCCAUCUUUUUUGCACACCAUUGAUGUUCAGACCGCCAUGUCUGAUGUCGACAACUUUGUAUAUAGCGCCUCUGACAAUACAGAAAUCAGCAUCCUCUUUCGCGUCAUAGUUGUUGUCGUGUAUAUACUUUUUCACUUUGGUACUUACAUCCGCCUAAUUGCUUAUUUCAAUGAUUCAUCUCAAUUUUGCUACGACAUCUGAAAGUUUUAUCAAUUGCCUUUUAUUUCUUGUGAGGUUUUAUCCGUAAUAAGAACAGUGAUGACACUGGUAUUGCUUUUCUAUUUUUUAGUGGUUAACGCCGUACUACUUUAUCUUUUACCUAGACACCCUUCACCCCAUGCGUCUGCUGCGUGGACUCAAACAAUAUUAUAAGACUUUCACCCAUUCCGAAGCACUAUCUUCCUUCGUACCGGUGGUUGCUUGUUUCCGCCAUUUGCUUUUUAAUGCUCAUUUACAUUUUUCGCCUUAAAUCUUCUCUGAUCCGCUUUACGCGAUUUAACUUGAUGGACACCAUGUUUCCAAAGUUUCUG